GCCCCGCGCCCCGCCACCCCGGGCCCCGAUCCCGAUCCCGAUCCCGGCCCCGCCUGCCUGCGGCGUGGGGAAACUUUGCGGAGCGCCCCCGGCCCCGGGCAAUGCGGGACGGACCUGCCCCCCCCCCCCCCGCACACGCGUGGGUCCCCGCCGCCCGGCCGGGGAGGCUCCCUCGGGACCCCGCGCAUGGAGCGCCCCCGCCCCCGCCCCGGGCUCCUGCCCGGCUCCGCUCCGUAGUCCAAGCUGCGGGGCUCGGGGUCCCGCGUGUGUCCUUGCUGCGGGCGGGGGGCUGGCGGCUGGUCUCGGGCUCUGAGAGGGUCUGGGGUGGGAGUGCAAUGCAGAGGGAGCUCCCCCUGCGUGUGUGUGUGUGUGUGUGUGUGUGUGUGUGUGUGUGUGUGUGUGUGUUCGCGCACACGGCCAGGCCCCACAGCCCAGGGUGUGCAAGCCGCCCUCCUGGCUGCUCCCAGCCUCCAGCCCGCGGUGGCUCCCCGGGUCCGCCCGAGCUCCGUUUCCCCCAGGGGCAGGCAGCGGGGCCAGUCGGUUCAGGCCGCCCCAGUGUGAUCCCCGUGUGGGUCCCGAUGCCCUUUGCCCGGCCUGGCCCGGGGUCCUGCCUGCCCAGGUGCCUGCCUCGCAGAGCUGGCAUGUGGCUUUGGGCGCUCAGGAGCCAGAGGGAGAGGCAAUGCUGAGCUGUCUCCCCCCAGGCAGCAGGGACCGGCUGUGGGAGCGCCCAGCGGGUGCCUCUCAUGUCUCCCCCUUCCUGCAAGCAGCAGAGGAGACAGGUGCUCCGGGCCUCCGAGCAGGUGCAAAGUUGCGUCGGCUGAGCCGGGCGCAGGGGCUGGACGGGUGCAGGAGAGUCACCUGCCCACGGCACCCAGCACCGCAGUGGCUGCGCCAGGCUUCUCCCAGCCCCCAGGCACCCAGGCGGGACCGGCAGCCUGCCCCCGGCUCCGCGCUGCCGCAUCCCCGGGCAGCUGCAGGGAGCGACUGCAGGGCUGGAUCUGCUCCGCCCUGAGCGGGAACAGGUGCCCUCGGGCCUCUUGGCAUGCAGAAGCUGCACGAGCUUGCAACAAGCCUGGCUCAGCUGGAGUCUUUGGGGAUUUGCCUCUGUGCCUACCCCCUGCAACUCUCCAAAGGCACCUCCCUGGCGCCAGGACGAUCACUAGCCCCCCCGGCCCCUUUCCGUGACCCCGUUCCAGAGCCCAGAGAUGCCCAAGCGUCAGUGGAACAGCAGCAAGCAGCAUUUCACGUGGACAGAGCCAAGGUCUUCCCCUCGUCUCAUCCCGAGACAUGGAGAAGCCAUUUGGGGCACCAAAAAACCACCUCCAAGGUGGGCACGCAGCAUGGAGAUGUCACAGCAGCGCAGCAGGGUUGCAUCUCCCCCAGCACCCUGCUCAGGCCCGGAGCAGCCCAGGGCGCCCCAGCCCAGCUGAGCGUGUCCGACUGCUCCUGUGCAUGAACCAGCCUCUCCCAAAGCCCCCGGGCACCCUGAGCUGAGGCCCUGCCAGUGUCAGGCCAACAGGUCGAAGCCUGGAAAGCAGCAAGUCUUCAUGAAUGGAGGCGUGAGGCAGCCUGCCAGCCCUGCCUGCAGGAGCUGUGGGGAAGGGGAAGGGGAUGGGGCCUGCAGAGCACCCCCUGCCCUGGCUCCAGCCCCCGCUGCUGGCCCCUGCCCAGGGAUUCUCCGCAGCAGCCCCGCGGCGAGGACAGAGCGAGGAGCACCGCGCCGGCAGGAGGAAGCCACCGCGCUGCCUGCUCUCUGCCGCGUAUGAAUCAUCCGGAUAAUUGCCGUGCGGCUCCACACCGUUCUGGGCAUAUUACACUGUCCUGCGAAGCAUCAGCUGCCUGCUAUUUUCCGGCUGCUUAACCUCGCGUCCCGGAGCUGGUGCCCUCCAGCGAGAUGCUGCCGGCUGCUGUCCCAGGAGGUGGGGGCAGAGAGUGCCAGACCCGCACGGGAUGGGAAGGGGCUGCCAGCGGGCAUCCGCGUGGCCCAGCCCCGAGCAGGACAUGGCCCUAGGGAGCACAGAGUGGGGACAGAUCUACUGGAUCCCGUCUUGCAGGGCUGAAGCGUGUUGUAUGCAUGCAGUGUCCAGCCCCGGGGUUGCUGGCCCUGGGCAGGGGCUACUAGGCCAUACCACCAUACAGCUAUUCAAUGGCAGUGAGAGCAGGGCCCGGUGGCUACAGGGACAUGCGGCCGAUUGCUCCAGAGGCUGCCGCGGGGCAGCUCUGCCCUGCCACAGGAGGCAGCACCCUUGGCCUUGGGCUUAUUCUGCAGCUGACCCGCUUUAGUCAUGGAGAGACUCCCCAGCCAUGGGCGCUGCAGGCGACGGGCCCAGGGGCACAGGGUGUCUCCUUGGCUGGAGGUUUCAGCAGAGGCUGUGGGCAUCUGUCUGGACUGCGCGGCUCUGUGAUCCGCUGACUGGAUCUUGGAUGGCAGGAGACUGGCUCUGCACCAGCACAAACUGGUCCAGGCUGGAAGAGCAGGGGCUGCAUGGAUGAGCCCAUCUGGAGGAAGCCUGGUACAAGCCCCUGCCCUGCCACUGACCCUGGUCACCUCAAAGGUGCAAGCGCCCUGGGUCCCGCUGGCUCCAGCAGGUGCCAAAUCCCCCUGAUGUCUGGUUCUCCCUCUUGGCGGAUCUACCUGCUACCUGCACGGGCAGAGCUGGCACUUUUGUGGCGGGGUCACAGGGACCUGGGCGUUUGGAGCAGGAAGCCUCCGGGCUGUGCUGAGCUUCUUCCCAGGCUUCUAGAGAGCAGCUCUGACCCCGUUCUGCCAAGCGGAGCACGUGGCCUGUGGGCGGGGGCACACACCGUGGCAUGGGCCCAACUCUGCUCUUUGCUGGCAGGAAGGCAAGGGCAUCUGCCAGCAGAGAAGAGCGCCGCGCUGUCCAGGGCCCCGCGGGAGGGGAGGGGGCCUGUCUGCAUGGGUGGCAGGCUCUGGCUGGGGCUUGCAGCUGCGACAGUCGGUGGCAGCUCCAGGCAGGGUUGGGGCGACUUGCCAGUUGGCGCUGUCCUCCCCACGGGUCUGACCGGCAGCUGGGAGCCCGGGCAGCAUCUGUCUGGAGCGCGUGGGCUUGGGGCCGGGGCCAGUUCACCUCACGCGUGUGAGAGGGAGAAAGGAAAAGCAAGAAGUGGAACCUGUGCAGGGCGUGUGUGUGUGUGUGUAGGAAGAAGGUGGGAGUGAACACCAGUCUGCAAUUCUGUGCUGUGUGUGUGCGCGCAUCUGUGCAGUACGCAUAUGCAUAUGUGUGUAUCUGGGACGUGUACAUAUGCAUGUGUGUGUAUCUGUGCAAUGCAUGUGUAUCAGUGCAGUGUGCAUAUGCAUGUGUGCAUGUUUCUGUCCAGUGUGUGUGUGUGUGUGUGUAAGACAGAGGAAGAUGGCGAGAGUGAACACCGGAGUCUGUACAGUUCUGUGCUGUGUGUAUAUAUCUGUGCAGUGUGGGGGUGUGUGUGUGUGCGUGCACACAACAGAGGUGACAAGAGACAGCGGAGCAGGCAUAUCAGCAACCGAGCGAAGGCAGCCGGAGGCAGGCGCAGGAGCCUGGCACCAGGUGCAGGUUCCUGGCUCCGAAGCAGGAUGUCCCGCUCCGCCGGCUGCCUCCAUCUGGGGCGAGCGCAGUGAGGCUGAGCCGUGGAGUAGCUCUGGGACCCCCCACCCCUGCCUUUGCUCCUGCCAAGGCUGGGGCUGGAGCCCUUGGCCUUGUCCUCUCCCCGCUGGGCCACCUCUGCAAGAAGCAUUGCUCCGCAGGCCACGGGGCCUAGCUCCUCGGGGAGCACGGGGCCCCUGCCCCGCUCCACACCCUCUCACCAGCCUCUCCUGCCCUCCCAGGUGGCCUCUGAUCCGCUGGAUGAGCUUUCUGCCGGUGCCUAGAGCUCGCUAACCAGGCCGGCAGCAUGGACUUCGUGAUGAAGCAGGCUCUUGGCGGAGCCACCAAGGACAUGGGCAAGAUGCUGGGGGGCGAGGAGGAGAAGGACCCCGAUGCCCAGAAGAAGGAGGAGGAGCGGCAGGAGGCGCUGCGCCAGCAGGAGGAGGAGCGCAAAGCCAAGCACGCCCGCAUGGAGGCCGAGCGCGAGAAGGUCCGGCAGCAGAUCCGCGACAAGUACGGACUGAAGAAGAAGGAGGAGAAGGAGGCGGAGGAGAAGGCGGCGCUGGAGCAGCCGUGCGAGGGCAGCCUGACGCGCCCCAAGAAAGCCAUCCCAGCGGGCUGCGGCGACGAGGACGAGGACGAGGAGGAGAGCAUCCUGGACACGGUGCUCAAGUACCUGCCCGGGCCCCUCCAGGACAUGUUCAAGAAGUAACCUCUCCCCGCCCCUUCUUCCCCCUUUUCUUUUCCUCCCCUUGCCCCGUCCCAGGCGCCCCGGGGGGCCGUGCCCACAGCCAUGGGGCUGGCGCUGGGCGGGCACUGCCAGCUGGGCCCCGGCUCCCCCGGGUGGGCCCACGGGCCCCACCACUGCCUGCCCGCCCCGGCCCCAACCCCGCGCGUGGGGUCACCCAGGAGCCCCCACCCGCCUCUGUGCCCCCUAGUUAAAGCCAUAUCAGUUAGACGGCAAUACUCGACCUCCCGAGCCAGGGCGGGCGCCUGCCCCACGUGUCCGUGUCUCGCCCGGGGGCGCCACCGCCCCCGCCCCGCCCGUCUCGUGUCUGCCACCGCCCGCGGGUCCUGCCGGCGGGAGCAGCCCUGUCCCGUCCGUGUCAUGUCGUGUCGUGUCCAUGGCGCCGCUUCCCCCGUCGGUCGGGUCCGACCCCUGCCCGGGGGCUCCAUGGCCCCUGGGCGCUUUGCAUGUGCCGCCCGCUCCCCCAAGCGGAGACGGGCUGGGCUCGGGCCGCCCCCGUGAGCCCCCGGCCCCUCGCCGCCCUGCGGCCCACGGGACUGCCCCGCGCCGGCCCCUGCAGCCGGGGCCGCCGGGGCCACUGCCAGCGCCCGGUGCCCAUCCCGCGCCAGUUGUCUUUGGAGGACGAGACAAUAAAGGGAUUUGUACAUUG